AAACAAAAAAGAAACAGUAAAAAAUCAGAGCCCAAGUCCUAACUGAAAGUCUGAACUCACAAGCUAACUGGGCAAAUUUCAAAAAACCCAGAUUACAACUGCGUCACAUGCGAUCACCGCUCCUCCGUAGAAGACGAUGCAGUGGUACUUCGUAGCCGCGCUCCUCACCAUUCUCACCAGCUCUCAGGGAAUUUUGACAACUCUAUCUCAAAGUAAUGGACACUAUACCUAUGACUACGGAACCGUUCCAUUUCUAGCAGAAUUGUUUAAGCUAGUGGUUUCUAGUUUACUUCUAUGGCGGGAGCGCCGGGUAUUACCAUCUACAAGGAUGACUACAGAAUGGAAAAGCGUGCGCUUGUUUGUGAUCCCUUCGGUUAUAUAUCUAUUUCAUAACAAUGUUCAAUUCGCAACAUUGACUUAUGUGGACACAUCCACAUAUCAAAUCAUGGGUAAUUUGAAGAUUGUCACCACUGGCAUAUUGUUCAGGAUAUUCCUGAGAAGGAAGCUGUCGAAUCUACGGUGGAUGGCUAUUGUUUUGUUAGCCAUUGGAACAACCACAAGCCAGAUUAAAGGUUGUGGAGAAGCUUCAUGUGACUCUCUGUUCUCAGCACCAAUCCAAGGAUACAUGUUAGGAAUCCUAUCAGCCUGUCUAUCAGCAUUGGCAGGUGUAUACACAGAGUUUCUGAUGAAGAAGAACAAUGAUAGCUUGUAUUGGCAGAAUGUACAAUUAUAUACGUUUGGUGUGAUUUUCAAUAUGGCACGGCUUCUUGUGGAUGAUUUCAGAAGUGGAUUUGAGAGAGGUCCUUGGUGGAGCCGAAUUUUCAAUGGAUAUAGUCUUACAACUUGGAUGGUGAUAUUAAACCUUGGAUCCACGGGCUUGCUAGUGUCAUGGUUGAUGAAGUAUGCUGACAACAUUGUGAAGGUGUAUUCCACAUCAAUGGCCAUGCUGCUUACAACGGUUAUCUCUGUAUACCUUUUCAGUUUCAAGCCUACACUGCAGCUGUUCUUGGGUAUCAUUGUCUGUAUGAUGUCACUACACAUGUAUUUUGCCCCUCCAAACAUGCUGGUGGAUAUGCCAUCACCCACUAAAGCAGCUCCUGAAAAUCUAAAAGAAAUUUCUGUUGAACGAAAAACAGAUACUUCAUGAUUGUCUCGUUCAGGGAAACUAAUGAUUUUAUCAGGUGCCUAGUGGAAGUUGCACCUAACUUGAUGCAAUGCUGCAACUAGAAUAUAAUAGAGAGGGGGAUGUCACAAUAUCCGUGGAGAAUCAUCUGUAGCUGGAAUCAGAACCAUCAUGUAGUCUCCCUCAUCCGGGUUCUUCAUUGCUGUCAAAGACAACUAUUCCCUCACUAACAGUUACUCUCCCAAAGUUGUGAGAGAACAAAUUAAAUCCAUUGUUUGUAUGAAUAUACUGACAUGUAGAUUGUUCUCUUAAAUUCUUUUAGGAAUAUGUACUGGAUAUACUUCAUCAAAAACGUGUUCCACCUGUGUUGUUUUUUUAAUAUUUGACAGAGAAUGGCAACAAGAAAGUUUUGAGAAUCAGAAUCUCUGAAUCAAAAUAUUCUUUGGUUCUGCUUUGU